AUGCUACUAGAUCAGAUUGUCUGUGGAGUUAGGGACCUCAGGCUUCAAAGACGCUUACUAGCCAAAAAGGACUUAACGUUAGCUUUAGCUAUAGAGGAAGCUCAAGCUGCUGAACUCUCUGCUCAAUCAGCAGCAGAAAUACAAGGGGCUCCUAUUAGACCCAGCAGCACCACUAUUCACUCUGAAGAAGUCUCCCUUGAAGAAGAUCCCAUAGGCACUACAGACAUAAACCGCCUCAGGCAACUAAAACCUUCACAAGAAGGACUGCUGGGACUAGAUUGGUUCCCCUACCUCGGCCUUAGCAUAACUGGGAUCCAUGCUGUCUCAACCUCAGACGUAGACACCCUAUUUAAAGACUAUCCUGAUGUUUUUAGCAGCGAGUUGGGCUGUUAUUCUGGCACCCCCAUCUCCUUCACUGUAGACCCCCAGGCAAUUCCCCUUCGCCUCAAGCCACGCAGAGUUCCCUUUGCCAUCCGCCCAAAGCUAGAUCUGGAAUUAGAUAAGCUACUUAAGCAAGGGGUCUUAGAGCCAACUGAUUUUGCAAAAUGGGAGACCCCCAUAGUCACCCCACUCAAGAAAGAUGGCAGCGUGAGAAUCUGCACUGACUACAAGACCACCCUCAAUCGUUAUCUGCAGGUCAGCGCAUACCCUGUCCCUGUGAUCCAACACUUAUUACACUCUUUAGCUGAGCUUCAAACCAUAGUCACUCAUAGGGGGGCGUUUAAAUGCAAAUGCCUUCAAUUUGGUGUUAGUGUAGCCCCAGGUAUUUUCCAGUCCCUUAUGGAAAGGAUUCUCCAAGGUCUCCCAGGGGUUGUCCCGUACUUCGAUGACAUUUUAGUUUCAGCCCUUAACAGGACUCAGCUCAUACAAAGGAUAACUGACCAUAAACCACUUCUGGGGCUUUUGUCAGGGGACAAACAAACCCCACAGGUACUAUCACCUAGAAUGACCAGGUGGACCUUGUUCCUAGCCGCUUACUCGUUUAAAUUGGUGCAUCGCCCUGGAAAAAACUUAAGUCAUGCUGAUGCCCUUAGUCGCUGCCCCCUACCUGUUCCAGUCGAAGACCCAGCACCUAUCCAUUCCAUCUUUGAAAUAAAUGAACUUAAACUGCCUGUUACAGCUGAAAACAUUGCAACGCAUUCAAAAAAAGACAGGGUAAUUGCCCAGGUUCUGGACUGGGUGGGAAGGGGGUGGCCGGAAACACAAUACACUCCUGACUUCACUCCUUACAAGAUAUGCAAGCAGGAAUUGUCAAACCUACAGGGUUGUCUGUUGUGGGGGACAAGGGUGGUCAUCCCAGCCACUCUCCGUGUUCCCAUUCUAAAGGUCCUUCACGAGGGCCAUCCGGGCAUCGUAAGGAUGAAGGCCCUGGCCCGCAGCUACGUUUGGUGGCCAGGCAUGGAUGCCCAAAUCUCCACCUGGGUUAGCUCGUGCCAACCUUGCCAAGCAACCAGACCCGCCCCACCAGCAGCUGCUCCUACUAGGUGGGAAAGUGCUGGGGGACCUUGGUCUCGCCUGCACAUUGACCUGGCUGGGCCAGUACAUGGAAGGACCUUCUUGGUUGUAGUAGACUCAUAUUCCAAGUGGAUAGACUUGGCCCUACUACCUUCAACAACCACUCAAGCAAUUGUUAAGGCCCUGACUCGUUUGUUUGUUACCCAUGGGCUCCCUGACACGCUGGUGUCUGACAAUGGCCCCCAGUUCACAUCUUGUGAGUUUAGCAUGUUCAUUGCCAACUUGGGUAUCAGACACAUCCUCACAGCCCCUUUUCACCCAGCUAGCAACGGGAUGGCGGAGAGGGCAGUCAGGUCAGUAAAAGAGGCACUUGCUAGACGCCUUAGGACCACCCUGGACAGGCUGCACCCCCAUUACUGCCCAGAUACCCCUAUUGGAUCUGACAGCUUGGUCAGGGAUUUCGCCCUGCGUGACCUGGUCUAUGCCAGGAAUUAUGCAGGGGACCCUCUGUGGGUACCUGGGCAGGUUGUGUCAAUUGCAGGGCCAAGAUCUUACAGAGUCCUCUUGGAAGAUGGACGCCUGUGGCGCAGACAUGUGGAUCAGCUAAGGAGGCGAUGGAGAGGCGCAGCUGAGGGGUUCCUUAACCAACCAAGCGACCCGGUCUACCCAGUCCAGCCAUCCAGCACCAAAGACUCCCUGCAGGACCCGCUCUACCACGACGACGACGAGACCCCCCUGCAAGGCCCAACCUACCCAGCCGAGAGUUCCCUGCAGGGUCCGACUCGCCCCUCCGACAACGAAAGUUUCCAGCAGGCCCCGGUCUACCGCCCCGACCAAACGACGCGCCAAAGACAGACCGAGCAGGAAGGCUUACCCAACCUACAGAUGGACCACGCCGACCGAGCACGCUCACCAACGGCCUCUGAAACGCUCCCGGGGACUGAGGACUUUGUUCCAGCCAGCAACCUGCCUGAGCUGCGGCGGUCCAGCCGCCAUCGCAGAUCGAGGGGAGGGCCUUCACAGUUGCAUCCUUUAGAAUCAGAGUCAGAGCACUGUCCCAUUGUCUCUACUAUCCCAGAUCCUGGGAAAGAUCUCCUGCAUUGGACUCACCCUGUAGGCCCAUCUCCAUGCCCGGGAACUCCAAUGGUUCUUGCUCCCCUUUCAAUGGAUAUAAUUUGGAAGUUGUUGGAGGAAAAGGCAGAGCUAAUUCUCCUGGCGCCCCAUUGGCCCAGGAGACCCUGGUUCGCAGAUCUAGUAAACCUGUCUGUGGUUUACCUGUCAGCCAUGGAAGAUCCCAACUUCCAGGAUCUCCCUGCAGCAGGGGGCAAUACUUUGCCCAAACCCCCAGUGGUUCACCGUUUGGUGCUUGAGCAGCAAUCUAUGAGGGCUUCCAACUUUCCUGACAGGGAGUGUGGCUACUUUGGCCACCUGGUCUGCUCAAGUGUUGCUGGAGGAGAUCUGCAGAGUGGCUACCUGGGCUUUGCCUUUGCCAUUUAUAUGGCGUUAUCGCCUGGAUUCAUUUGCCUCAGCCCAGGCAUCGUUUGGUCGGAGGGCGCUUCAACAGGUGGUUCCUUAGUGGGAGUGACUGGCACAGGCAUUGCCCCUCCCAUGGACAUGCAGGCUUUGAUAUGUCCCAUUCCUGGACUCUCAAGGCAGCAUGGAUGA